GGCAGGGGGAGGGGUGGCGAGGUGAGGAUACUGGGCCCAGCUCCCCAGAGAGCUGCGGGCAGCAGGACAAGCAGGUGAUGUGGCUUCGGGGCCUGGCGUUUCCCUCUGUGCACACCCAUUGUGCUCCGGUGUGACUUGGGGGAAGCUAGUAGGCCUCUCUGGGCCUCAGUUUACUCUUUGCAAAAGAGAAAGGAAGGAAGAAAGCUAAUAAUGAAGGAAAGUGCGAUGCUCGGUUAGAUUCACUGAAAGUUUAUGAGGACGGACUGCUCACUCUGGGCUCCGAAGAAGAGGUAAACCCUGCUUCAGCUUGAGGGUCUCACCGUGGGAGGGGGAGAAAAUGCUGCAUGUGGGGAGGGAGGUAAAGCACUGCAGGCCCGGGGUCCUGGCAGCACCCAGACUUGGGUCUGGCCCUGGUCCGUUCCAUCCCUUACUGCUCAGCCUGUUUUUACCGCCGCCUGGGCUUUCCAGGCUGCAGCCCGGACCCCUGCCCCCCAUCCUAGGUCUGAGAGCCCUGGCCUUCCCCCUCACCCGGAGUGGCCCCAUCUCCCCGCCACCGUGUCCUCCUCCUCCAGAGACACUGUGCACUCAGGAUCCGCUUACUCAAGCUUCUGAGGGCCCGGCUGAGGCCGGCCAGGUUUCAGGACACAGUCCAGCCCACGGCUCCUGACAUCCGUCCACCUCCUUGCAAUUUAUCGUGCCCUGGCCCCUCCUCGGGGAUCGGAGCCUCAGCGCUGUGGGAAUGGCCUGGCACCCUGAUCACUCCCCUUUCAUCGGAGGGCGAGGAAACCGAGGAAACGGAGGGCUGGGAUGGGAAAAGAAGGGAGUGAGAGGAUCUUCCUUCCUGCAGGACUCACUACGUCUCCCCGUUCCGUCUCCCAGUUCUUUCUAUGAGCCCCCUCGUCACACGGCUGUGCUCCCUUCCUUUCAGGCCUCAGAUCCCCACGGCCCUGCCCUCGUACUAGCAGUGUAACCUCGUCAAAAUCAAAAUCCUAGCGGAGCCGCCAAAGUCAGCACAUUAUUUCAUUGAGGGCAUGGUGGUUAAUGGCGGCCCUGGAGCCGGACUGCCUGGGUUCAAGUCCAGGCCCCGACCACGCAUUCGCUGUGUGAUCCUGGAGAGCGUGAGCCAGCCGGAGGAGGAGGUGAGCCCGGAGGGGCAGCCGGAGGAGGCGGAGGCGGCGAGCGGCGGGGAGGAGCGGCCCGAGGCGGAGGCGGAGGCGGAGGCGGGGGCGGCCGCGCACCUGGACGAGCUGCCCGAGCCGCUGCUGCUGCGCGUCCUGGCGGAGCUGCCGGCCGCCCAGCUGGUGCAGGCCUGCCGCCUGGUGUGCCUGCGCUGGAAGGAGCUGGUGGACGGCGGCCCUCUCUGGCUGCUCAAGUGCCAGCAGGAGGGGCUGGUGCCCGAGGGCGGCGCGGAGGGCGAGCGCGACCACUGGCAGCAGUUCUACUUCCUGAGCAAGCGGCGGCGCAACCUGCUGCGCAAUCCGUGCGGGGAAGAGGACCUGGAGGGCUGGUGCGACGUGGAGCACGGCGGGGACGGCUGGAGGGUGGAGGAGCUGCCCGGAGACUGUGGGGUGGAGUUCAUCCACGAUGAGAGCGUCAAGAAGUACUUCGCCUCCUCCUUUGAGUGGUGUCGCAAAGCGCAGGUCAUCGACCUGCAGGCCGAGGGCUACUGGGAGGAGCUGCUGGACACCACUCAGCCUGCGAUCGUGGCGAAGGACUGGUACUCGGGCCGCAGCGACGCGGGCUGCCUGUACGAGCUCACGGUGAGGCUGCUGUCGGAGCACGAGGACGUGCUGGCCGAGUUCAGCAGCGGCCAGGUGGCUGUGCCCCCCGACGACGACGACGGGGGCUGGGUGCAGAUCUCCCACACCUUCACCGACUACGGGCCCGGCGUCCGCUUCGUCCGCUUCGAGCACGGGGGCCAGGACUCAGUCUACUGGAAGGGCUGGUUCGGGGCUCGGGUGACCAACAGCAGCGUGUGGGUGGAGCCCUGAGCCACCCUGUCUCCGACCUCGGCCGCCCCGGAGGGCCAGAGGCUGGGGUUACUUAGGCCUUAGCUGGUAGCAUCCUCAUCUGCCCCACCUGCACCCCCACCUGCACCCCCACCUACUCCUCUCCCGCCCUAUCGUCCAGCCCCACACCCGGAAGGAGCGGUUGUGUUGGCAUCUAUCUGCAUCUGGAAAAUAAGAUGGGGGAGGGUAUGGGCCUGGGCUGGGCCCACCGCUGGAUCCCCUGCACCUAGCACAGUGCCUGCCACAAAGUGGGUGCCUAAUAAAUAUUAUUUGUCCAAGGAAGGAACGAAUGAACAAACGGAUGAGCGAA